GAAUCAAAAGAAUUGUCAGAACAGUACGAUUGAACCAUAAUUCAGAUUGUAGAUAUUGUUACUUUUAUUCGCGAUGUUAUUCUAAGAUGAAUAAUAUAUUCCCGUCGAAGACCCACCCUCGGCCAGAACCACCAACUACGCAUACGACAUCUGCGAUAAAGCAGUUCGUCCCAAACUACGGGGCAGUCUCCCGUUGAGAAUCACGAUGGGACUACGCUACUGCGAUGUAUUAUCACCUUUUGAUUCAUGUUAUUCGCUCCCCCAUUUGAGAGUGCCGUAGCGUGGCACGAUUUGUAAUUACCUUCUAUGCUGGUGUGAGCGCGUGUUUACGCCGCUCGCGGUCUGCCCUAUCUCAGAAAAGCACACACCAGCAGCCCCAAGCCCCGCACUCAAACUGCUCCGGCACCGAUGUCAACAACAGCCGGCCGCACUCACGCCAUCACCAUCCUGUCGUUUCAAGCCACAAAUAAUACCGCCCGUGUCACCGCUAUGGCCGUAUAUAACGAAACCGUUCAAUGCUCGCUAGCCUCCAGUUCAGUUCCAGACGGUGAAGAGUUCACACAUCGCGAGUUAUUCGUUGAGGAAGCAAAGAAGUUAUCUUAUUUCGCGGUACGUCCUUUGUCCAUUGCGAUUGAAUCAAGUGGUGGAAUAUAUAAAUAUAAGAAAACGAGAAUCGGUUUCGGUUCAUUGCAUGCGAAUAUCGUUGAAACGUUUGUGAAGAUUGUUGCCCAAUUAGUGCGGUUCGAGUGUACUAUUUGUGAGUUUUUGAAGUGUAUGAUUUUUCGUAACAUUGCAUGCAGCAGUCCGAGGAGAGACACAACUGUUUGCGACUGUUUGGAGAAGAAUCAUGUAAACAUUGCCGGUAGUCAUCAGCAGCAUCGCUAGUGAGAGAAGAAAUAUCACAAGUGAGAAGCCAUAGGAACCUGUGUGGACGCAAAGUGUACCCAGAAAUACCAGUGCUGAUUGUGGAUUGGACGGACGAAGAAGCGUCGACUAUCUUGUUUAAUUGCAGACUCCGUUGCAAGAGUGCAUCAUCUAUUUUUGUGUGUUCAAAGUACAACGCGCGCGGUGAGGCUUUAAUUACGAUAGUACCUAUCAUUGCUGCCGACCCCGGCCACAGAGAGUGCGAAAAAGCAGCUGAAUUUUAAUCGCCGCGAAGAGUGUUUCGUAGGAAAUCGUUUUGUUCUUUUGGUUUCGGAAGAUCAACAGAUUGUUGGUGAUCGGUUGUUGUCGUUAAAGCUAGUGCGAAGGAACGCUGAAGUGUCCGAUUGUUGAAGCGAUUAUUAUAUGGCCACAAAAAUGAAUUUAUCGUUCGCUGGAUGCGGUUUUCUGGGAAUCUAUCACGUUGGAGUAGCUGUGUGCUUUAAGAAAUAUGCCCCGCAUCUGCUGCUGCACCGGAUCAGCGGAGCCUCCGCGGGGGCCCUCGCUGCCUGCUGUUUGCUGUGCGAUAUGCCAUUAGGUGAAAUGACGUCCGAUUUCUUCCGGGUGGUGAAGGAAGCCCGCAGUCAUUCACUCGGUCCGUUCAGCCCACGGUUCAACAUCCAGACGUGUCUGCUGGAUGGUCUGCAGAAGUUUCUGCCUGCGGACGCCCACGAGCGGGUGAACGGCAAGCUGCACAUCUCUCUGACCCGGGUUUACGACGGGAAAAACGUUAUCGUGUCGCAGUUCAACACCCGGGAAGAUUUACUGCAGGCUCUGCUCUGCGCCUGUUUCAUUCCAUUCUUCUCGGGUAUCCUUCCGCCACGGUUUCACGGCGUACGGUACAUGGACGGCGCCUUCUCCGAUAACCUGCCAACGUUGGACGAAAAUACCGUCACCGUGAGCCCCUUUUGUGGCGAAUCUGACAUUUGCCCCCGCGACAACAGUUCCCAGAUGUUCCACGUGAACUGGGCCAACACCAGUAUCGAGCUGUCCAAGGAAAACAUAAAUCGCUUCAGAAGAAUUCUGUUUCCACCAUCGCCGGAAAUUUUGUCCUCCUUCUGCCAGCAAGGAUUUGACGAUGCGCUAAACUUUCUCCACCGCAACAAUCUGAUCAGCUGCACCAGGUGCCUCUCGGUGCAGUCGACAUUCUGUGUGUCCGACCAGCCGAAACAGCUGGAGGAACAACUGCUGGAAGAGUACGAUCCGGAGUGUAAUGAGUGCAAGGAGUGUACCCAGCAUCGACAGAACGCCCUCGUCGGAAUGAUGCCAGAUACGGUGCUGACCGUUAUCCAGGCUGCCGUAGAUCAAGCGAACAAAGGAUUGAUGAAUUGGAUAUUCAGGCAUCGGGGAGCGAAGCUACUGAAGGCACUCUCCCUUCCGGCCACUCUGCCAGCGGACAUUAUGCUCGCCACCUUGACCAAAUUAAUGGUAGCAACCCCCGCAAUUGGCACUCAACUGUGGUCCGCAAGCAAACUGGCUUUGAAAACCCUAAAUUCGAUACUGGUUAAAGUUCGACGGCGACAGCAGCUCGCAGCUAAUCUUCAGUGCCAGAUCGCCUACACCGAGUACAUGGGCAGUGGAGGCCAACGGAAGGCCUCUCAAGUGCGACUGCACACUCAAAGGUGUACCACAUCCUCCCUGCUGGAUGUACGAGUUGAUGACGGAUCGGAUCUCAUUGCUGUGACUAGUGAUAACAAUAACACCAACAUCAUGGACCAUCAUCACCACUAUCACUAUCGUCACUACUUUGGUGGACAGUACGAGCAUCAUCCGGACCACCCAAACGAGGAUCACCCAGACUACGAUACGUUUGAUCAUAUUCUCCAGGCGACAACACACCACGAUGCGAUGUACGCGUACUACUAUUUGGAUGAUAAUAAUAAGGUGAAAGUGACGGAAAUUUUCGACAUGACGGACGAAGGCGAUGCGGCCCUCCAGAUGGCCCACGAGCGAGAGCUGAACGAACAGCUGGAAUUCGACGACUGGACGACACAGCAAGAUUGUGACCCACAAUCGAUGAUACGGUGUCUGUGGAACCCAUGGACCAGUUCUUCAUUCGAUCGGCAUCCAUAUACUGUUUGCAUGUCUCCUCUCGGUUAUUACCGUGUCUCCUUGUUCCCCCUUCCAGAUUACGUCCUUGCCGACCCCUAUGCUGGAGACGAAAUAAUCGAUCUGGAUGAAUUCAUCGAACCGGUCGAUCACUACCACCCCACCAUCAACAACCAUCCGCACGAUUGGUACCCACAACCCCAGCCCGCGAAGGAUGGUCCACUCUCGCCACUUAUGACAGCAACGGUAAACCAACAGUGGGAAUGUACCAAACUACAGAUAGACGAGCUAGGAUGCGACGAUACGUAUUUCCAGCCAGAGGCUGACCAGCAACAGCAGACGCUGGUCUCCGAAGCAGCUGCGAUUCUUCUUAGUAAACCACCGCCAGUGUAUACCAUUGUGGAGAUGUGAGCAGGUUGAUAGCGAGCUGAACAGGGAGAGAAUGCCAAUAUCAAUUUAUUGAUAGGAACUUUAUAGUUACCACAAGAAAUAAAACAGAGAAGUUUUCUAGACACCGUGUGCAUGUGUGCGCGCUUGCGAGGAAUCUGUAGCACGGAAAAUUGAAGGAGCUCUCGGUACGACAUUAAACGAAAUUUAAUUUAGAUGAGAAUUUGGUGAAGUAGGCAGGAACCUAUUGGACAUGGAACUUCCAGAAACGUUUUUCAUGAUAUGAACAGGGACUUUCGCAUCUUAUUUUUAGAGAUUCGCUUACUAAACGAUCCCAGGACCCUUCAUUAACUAUCUUCUAACCGGCCUUUCACAAAGCUAGAGGUGAAUAAACUUUGUAGUAUAAUUCAAACCGUAUGAUAUAUGAACAAUGUAUAGUAGUAGGUAAGAAACCCAAUGUUAUCCAAACGGUCAGUGUUAAUUCGUAUUUCAAGCGAGCGAAAUGUAAAUUUUUUUUAUCCGCUAGCAGAAACAAACCGCAACGAAAACUGAAAUGAAGUGAAACUUUGCAUGGCUGUGUAACGACAAAAAGUAGUUUUUGUAAGGGACCAAUGUAAAUAUUGUUAAUUAGGAAAAGAAACGCAACUAAUAUAGUAAACAUCAACAGUUAUUAGUUCGACUUUCCAGUUUACACACAUAAGCAUAUCUCGCGUGUUUUACCAUUUUUAUCAGAACAUUUUACAUUUUGUCGGAAAGUGGAGCCUAACUGACAUGUGUAUAAUUAUACCAUAUAUGUUACAAGAAUGGAAUGUUUGUCAAAAAUAAUAA